AUGGCCAUCCACAGCCAGGCAUCUCGGGCUAACUCUACUCCCUCCCUCUCCUCGCAGCCUCUCAAUGCUUCUACCGCAAACCCCAGCGCAGCCACUGCUGCCAUUUCGGCCUUCACCCGCCGCGAGUCCAGCACCGCCUCGCUGAGCGCAGCCGCCGCCGCCGCCGCCCUCAAGGCCCGUCCCACGACUCCCACCAACGUCGCAGAGGUCCAGACGAAGAGGAACGCGCGGAGGAGUGCCUCGCGAUCCUCGUCUGCCGGAAGGAGCACACCCGACACCCGCCCGGGAGGGCAGCUUAGGAGGCAGGGCAGCUCUGGGUCCAUGACAGAGCGCACGUUCCGGUCGCCGUCACCCGGAGCGCAGGCAAAAAGAUCCUUGAGUAGUAGUGGGUUACCGAGGAACUCGUACCAAUCUGACGAUAUGGCGCCCCCCGUGCCAGCUAUACCACAGAGUGUCAACAUGCAGGCGGCUCAGGCGAGGCAGAAGCCCAAGAGCCUUGGCAUAGUCACCGCGCCUGUGAGGACGGCGUCGCAGAAGGCCAACAAAGCCGGCGGGACUUGGUUCGGCGCAGCAAAGACGGGUGACCCGGCGAAUGUGAGGACCUCGGAUGCGAUAAUGGCGACGUCGCCGACGGCACAGGCACAGGCGCAGGCACAGGCACAGGCACAGGCGCAACCACGCGAAAGCUUGGAGAGGCCGGGCAGCCGUGGGUCGCCGGUCAAUUUUUCUUAUCCUGCACGCAUCCGCAGCCCGACAUUCGUGAGGCCCGAGGAAGCACCAGCUUCUGCUCUCGAACCUCGCGUGAAACCCAAGCGACGGAGCUCGACCAUGUCUCCCCAACGGGGAGGCUCGGUCAGGUCGGCACGGUCUUCGUCUGUGACCUCGGACCAGACGCUCGUCUAUGACCCCAAUUCUAGGAGAAUGGUGCCCCAGGCCGAUCUGUCGGCCCUCGAACAAAGGAUUCAGACAGCUUCUGAAGCCAAGCCAAAGAAGAAGAAACAGGUGCCUGCUCGGACUGGCUCGCAUCUGGCUAAGGGUACUGUCAGUCGACCCCAGGGUAGUGCAGUGACGUCGAGUUCUACGAACGCCGCACAGGUGGCUGCCGCUACUUCGUUGCGACCACACCAGGCAGAGGAGAGACCAAGCGUGGCACAUGAUCCAGAAGAUGAGGACGACCAGGCUCACCUGGAAGCAGCUCCCAGUCCCCCGCGAGAAGCAGUGACAGAGAAUAGCGCGGGUGCUGCGCCACCACAGAAUCGAUAUGCGCAAACGCCAAAUUCGCCUGCGUCUAACGCGCCAGAAGUGGUUCCUGCGCCAGAGUCCCCGGAUGUCGAUUCACACGAGACCGGUCUGCAGAGGAGACCAUCUGUGGUGAGAGAAGAGUCGGAAUCGGAGGGUCUGGAGUCUGAGAUUGAGCUUGAAGCGCCGGCCCCAGUAUCAACGCCACCAAAAACCUCUGCUGCUCUAGAUUCUGUGCCUGCUCGACAGAACGUCUAUGUUCAUGGCGUACCAUCACCGCCUCGGAGUGACCUUACAGAGGAUGUACCAGUUGAGCCAACCCGACCGCCUCCUGCGAUCCCGUCCGAGCUUACUGCAGCUCCACCUUCUUCAUCGACGGAGCCACGGGCCAUCACUCGUGAUGGGAUCGAAGUGGUCGCUGAACCUCAAGAUGUGCAAAAUUUCGGACGCGACUCCAGAACCCAUUCGAAGAGCCCCGUGCGCAGUGCCCGCUUUGGGCCGGUACACGAUAGCCUGACUGUGCGGCAUGAGCCUCCGCCGAGAUCAAUAUCUCCGCGAAAAUCUGCCUUGAAACACCAGAGUCCUUCUCGUGGUGCAUCUCCCGCAGAUGCCGCUUCGGACGGGUCUGAAGCUGGUAUCCCUUCGUAUGAGCAACCAAUGCCUCGGAAGAAGGCGGUUCGUGUCAGCUUCGAUGAUGGGAAUACAGUCGUCGUCGGCGAGGCGGCUGGGAGGGCUGAGACGGACAGUCCACUGCCGCCAAGUCCGCAAGUGGCCAGCAGGCGACCGUGGUACAGCAGCCUCGGGAUAGGCAAAAAGAAAGACGCAAUACCUUUAGAGGAGGACGAAGGCAUGAAGCCGAGACCAAUGCUGCCUACAUUCGGCAGCGUGAGAGGCAGGAAACAGCAACCUAAGGAGGCCGAGGAGCGCCCGCUUGUUAGGCCUCACGAGCCAGUUCACGAGGAAUCGGAGCCCCCUACCCCGGAGGCUCUUGGGGGAAACGCUGAAACUGUGGGCCAAUCUAGCGACCAUGCUCUGGGUGCAAUGAUCCACGAGCAGGAACCUAAGAAUGAGGCUAAUAUUUCCAAGUUACGAGAGCCCUUGCCGCCUGUCGUGACAUCCGUCGAGGGCAGCGGGUAUGCCUCGGAUACUGCGAGCGACGACAGCGAGGCUGCGCUGAUGGCAGAUACGCCCAGGCUGCAGGCCGACGAAAGCCGGGUCAGCGACGCUUCGACCCUGGUGCCUGAUUGGAAGCCCUCCAACGGCUCAGCAUAUGAGCCAGCAGGAGACGAGCAGGUUGCCAGCGAUGUUAAGGACUUUGGCGGCGACCCACCUGAUGUGUCUGCGGAGGUGCCUGCUAUCUCUGUCACCCAACCCAGCCCACGUCUUAUUGAGACGGAACAAGAUCGAGCCUCCUAUCGCUUCCCGGGAGAGUUCCCAGAGACGGAUGCCGAGUCAGAUGCCGAGAGUAAGCCUCUGGCUCAUGAUGCGACGUUGACCGACUCGUCUGCGCCAACCCGACGGGUUGCCUUUGAACCUGUGGUGCAAAGAGAGGACGCGACGGCUACAGUGCACACUCCCAGCACGGUUCUAGCCACCAAGCCAGCCGCUCAGGAGCUCACGGACGAGUCAGAUGGGGACAGCGUUUAUAGCGAUGCAUAUGAAGAUCCGUUGGAUCUUGAAGGUGACGGUUUUCAGUCACUUGAUGCUGUCAUCGUCAGCCCCCCGCGCCAGACACCACCUGGGAUCGAGAAACUGCAGGCGCAUGUCCCUGAAUCUUCGACACCAAGCGUGCCACAGAAGGCACCUGGACACGAAACAGCGGCGAUCGCCAUGAUACAACAAGAAGGGGUCUCCGGGCCUGUCGACGACUGGGAAGCUGCCAAGGCGUACUGGAGGAGCUUGACCGCCGAGAAAAAAGCCCAGCUGGAAAAGGAAGCUGCUGAAGAAGCUGGUGCUGAGGGUGACCUCGAGGACUUGAGACCGGAGGUGAAGAAACCGAGGAGAAAGAAAUCGAUCGAAAAGAGAAGCGCUGAGAAGAUGGUGAUUGAGGAACAGAGAGCGGCCGUUGACCCGGAACGGACUUACAUGGUCAAGCCGGGAUCCAAGGCCGAGGACUACAGCCCAGCGGAGCAUUCGAAGCCGCGUAGUAAACAGGCCUCUGGGAAAGUGGAAGCAGGCACUAAGCUGCGCAAAACCAUGCGUUCUCCGGGCGGCAACCCCUCCCACCCCGCUCAGCCCACCGAAACCGGGGCCCGAAUGCGCAAGUCUCUACGUCCAGACACACCAGGUCGGUCAGCUGCAACUCCACAGCAGCCUGCGUCACCUCCACCAGCUUUGGGAAUCACCACCCAGAUCACAGGGCCGAAGAGGCACUCGCGAGCUGUCUCGGAGCCUGAAGGAAGGCCCAGCAUCACCCAACCCAGCCUGCGCCGUCAUGGUUCAGACUCCAGUGCCAGCAGCUUCAAGCGGUCGAGACGCGCGAGUCAAGGAUUCGGUUUCCGCAAAACCAUGAGAACAGGCAAUGGAUCACAAGAAGUAGAGGAGAAUACUCGUGACAGGCAGCCAAGCCGCUUAUCUUUACGGUCUAUGUCUCCUGGUGGCGGCGGCUCCUCCCUCCGUGGUCAUCCUCCGGUGACAAUGGAUGGCAGGAUGCGGACGACACUUCGUGGCGGUCCACCCGCCAACAAGCGCCGAAACUCAUCGGAUUCCGGGAAAGGCUAUUUGCGCUUCUCUGGUUCCUUUGGGCAGAAAGGCAAAAGCAAGAAGGGGUCUCGCUUCGGUGAUGAUUCGAGUGACGAAGAUGAGGCUGAUGUGCCGCGCCGAUUCUCGAGCCGCUUUGACGACUCGAGUGACGAGGACAUCGUUCCUGAGCCACUGCCGUCGUUGAGCAUGCCCAAGACGAUGCGUGGUACCAGAUCGCGCAACGCCCUGCCCAGUCCGCCGCUUCCGGAAGAGGAAGAGCUUUCCGAUGAACAAGAGCCUGUCGGGGCCGAUGAAGACGACAAAUCCCAUCGCGUCACCUCUGGCCCGGCUUCGCUACCACAUGCGCAGACCGAGCCUGGCAUUAAACGCAGCCGUUCUGGUCGUGGUUCCCUACCCAGAGCUGACGACGGAGCGGGACGCCCCGCGCGCCGUAGCUUCAUGUCGUCGGUCCUGAGACGGAACAAGAAGCAGGGCAAUGGUGCGAUCUCGCGGCCUGAGCGGAGGGAAAGCGCGGCAAGGGCGGACACUAAUCUGGAGAGGUCGCCAGACGAACUGAAUGCUCUGAGGUCCAAUAGUCUGCGCGACAGGGCGGACAGCGGGGCUACGUGGCCACUGAAUGAGGAGCAGGAACCGGUUGAGGUGGAGACCCACGAACCAGAUGAUGUCAAGGGCGCACAUGUCGUGGACGGUGGCGCUACUGCUACGAACGGUCAGAGGAGCCCCAGUGUCUUGGGCCACUCGAAGUCACAGCCGUCACUGUCCAGACCCUCGUUCCUACAGCGAAGAACGAUGUCGCAUCAAGGAACGAUCGAUACCGACAUCAUCGGUAGUGACGCCGGGGGCAGGAAGAAGAAGAAGUUUGGGGCCCUGAGGAGGAUGUUCAAGCUUGACGAAUAG